AGACCCAUGCUGCGCCAGUCGCUCCGCCGCUCCCCCGCCGGCCUGCGCCGACUUCAGCCCGUGCCUGCGCUGCGCUCAGCGUCCGCCGCCGCCGCCGCCUCCUCCUCUAGCAGCGAGUACGACUACGUGAUCGUGGGCGGCGGCUCGGCCGGCUGCGUGCUGGCCAACCGCCUGAGCGAGGACGCCGCCAACAAGGUGCUGCUGGUCGAGACGGGCCCGAGCGACCGCGGCAAAUGGGACUCGUGGAAGAUCCACAUGCCCGCGGCGCUCACGUACAACCUGGGCGACGACAAGUACAACUGGUACUACUACACGGAGCCGCAGAAGCACCUGAACGGCCGCCGCCUGCCCUGGCCGCGCGGCCGCGUGCUCGGCGGCUCGUCGUCGCUUAACGCCAUGGUCUACAUCCGCGGCCACGCGUACGACUACGACGACUGGCAAGCCAGCGGCGCCGACGGCUGGAGCUACGCCGACUGCCUGCCCUACUUCCGCAAGGCGCAGAACCACGAACUCGGGCCCGAUGACUACCGCGGCGGCGACGGCCCGCUGCACGUCAUCCGCGGCAACCAGAAGGACCAGAUCCUGUUCAAGAAGUUCAUCGACGCCGGCGUGCAGGCCGGCUACCCCUUCACGGACGACAUGAACGGCUACCAGCAGGAGGGCUUCGGCUGGAUGGACAUGACGGUCCACAAGGGCAUGCGCUGGAGCACGGCCUCGGCCUACCUGCGCCCUGCCAUGACGCGCCCCAACCUCACGGUCGUCACCGACACGUUCGUGAGCAAGGUCGUGUUCGAAGGCAAGAAGGCCGUGGGCGUCGAGACGGAGGACCGCGAGAGCAAGACCACCAAGCAGGUGCGCGCGGCCAAGGAGGUGAUCCUCUCGGGCGGCGCCAUCAACUCGCCGCAGCUGCUCAUGCUCUCGGGCAUCGGCGACGCCGACCACCUCAAGGAGGUGGGCGUGCCCGUGGUGCAGCACCUGCCCGCCGUGGGCCAGAACAUGGAGGACCACCUCGAUCUGUACAUCCAGUACAUGUGCAAGAAGCCCAUCACCCUGCACAACGCGACGUGGAAGUACCCGCACAAGAUGGUCGGCAUCGGCCUCGAGUGGAUCUUGCGCCAGACGGGCAUGGGCGCGUCCGCGCACCUCGAGUCGGGCGGCUUCAUCCGCAGCGCCCCCGGCAAGCGCCACCCGGACCUGCAGUACCACUUCCUGCCGGGCUCGCUCACCGGCCAGCUCACGCCCGGAGCCUACCACGCCAUGCAGGCGCACUGCUCGCCGAUGCGCGCUCUGAGCCGCGGCUGGCUCAAGCUGCGCAGCAACAACCCGCACGAGCACCCCAUCAUCGAGCCCAACUACCUGAGCGUGGAGGAGGACAUGGUCGACAUGCGCAACGGCGUGAAGCUCACGCAGGAGAUCCUGGAGCAGCAGACGCUCGACGAGUACCGCGGCGACCCGAUCUCGCCGUCCAAGGAGGUGCAGACCGACGCUCAGAUCGACGAGUGGAUCCGCCAGAACACGGAGAGCGCGUACCACCCGUCGUGCACCAACCGCAUGGGCGUGGACGACAACACCGUCGUGGACCCGCAGACGCGCGUGCACGGCGUCGAGAACCUGCGCGUCGUGGACGCGUCCAUCAUGCCCAACAUCGUCAGUGGCAACCUGAACGCGCCGACCAUCAUGAUCGCCGAGAAGGCCGCCGACAUCAUCCUGGGCAAGACGCCUCUGCCCAAGUCGACGGCGCCCGUGUACCAACCCGAGAACUGGGAGACCAGCCAGAGAUAAGCAAGUGGCGUGAUCGAUCGCUGUGGGGGCUAGCUGCAACUGUGGAUAUGCGCUCCUCGCUAGAGUAUGACAUCGAAGGAAGGGUAGCUUGUGUCUAAAUGUCAAGAUCACCUGCGACGAUGAAUCUGAAGAACUGAGUUGUCCGACGUGGCCGCUAACAUAAUGGUGAAACUAACAAACGACUCGAACAGCAUACAUACUGCCUCCUAUCCUAUCUAACUAGGCCCAGAAGACCAUUGCAUCAUCAGCUAUUGCAAUAGAGCUUGCCCGAGUGCAGCAAGCCCUUCAUUGUCACAACGCCCUCAAGCGAUCCUCGGUUGCACACGAAGCAGUGGUCACACCUCAGCAUGGUGAAGAUGACGUGCAGGUCACCGAGCGACGUGCUGCUCGAGAUGGUCAUGCCAAUAGGCUGGAUAAUGCAGGUAUUGCCGUCCGUGAUCUUGACCCUGUCGUUGAGUUUCGCGCGCUUGGCAGCCGACCACCCGUCGCUGAGCAGCGUGAGCAUCUUUUCGUCGUCCAUGAGGAACGGAACCGGCCCGCUCCCUUCUAGCGGAUUAGCUGAAGUGAGCGCGCUGUACGUCUCAUCGACCGACAUCUCGCCGUUCAGCCCUCCCUCCCGCUUGCUCCUGAUGCCGUCCACCAUCGUGGCCCACGAGAACCCAGACGACGAGGACUUGGGCUCUUCCCCGAGGUCCUGCUCUACAUCAGCUAGGCCGUUUGCCGCGUAGUACGCUCGAAUAAACUUCUUGAGAUGCGCCGAGCUCACGAUGCCCAGGAGGAUCAUCGACUUGUCGUCCUGGACGACUGGGAUGUCUUGGUUUGGCAGUCGAUGUAGCGCCAGCAGCAGCCUGGCCACUGUCGUCUUCUUGGUCACGAACACUGUGAAUACCUCGACGAUAUCCGCGGCACACGCGUCCGGCUCAAAGUCCAAGAUCGGGAGAAACGGAGUGCCGCCGACGACCAGCAGCGUGUCGUAUACCGACCGCUCCCUGGACAAGCAGGACGUGCCCAUUGCAGCGAGCACAGCGCAGAAAAUCGGGAGGAUCAACGACAUUUCGCCCGUGAUUUCUAGCGUGAUCACCGCCACAGACACGGCCCUCGUAGCAGCGCCCCCAAACGCAGCAGCCCCCGCCAGCGCGUACGCCCCAGGUAUCACUCCAAUGCUUGGGAACAGUGUUGUUAACGCUUCACCGAAUAACCGGCCGAACGCAGCGCCGCCGAUGAACGUCGGCACCCAGACGCCGGUCGGCAUCUUGAGCGAGAUGCACAUGGGCAGGAGGAACAUGAAUAUCGCCGGUAGAACGGACAACGUGUAGAACUUGGAGAACUUGAACCACGACUCGGGCAGCUCCGAUUCGGUGAACAGCGUCGACAGUGUGUAGAUGGUCGUGCUGUGCGCGAACUCGCCAGGGACGUAGGUCAGAGUUCCGCACAGGACAGCGACGAUGAUGGGGUCAAUCCAGUCGACCAGCACCCUUUUCC